CCUGAAGAGGAACGCAGCUCUCCUGGGCCAAAGUUAUACCUGCCCAGUAGAAGACCAUCACGUUUUCAAAAUGGAAAACAUGAGGACAUGCAAGGGCUGCGGUCACCAAUCAUCACAGCAAGAGGAAUUCACCAGCUUGUCUCUUGACCUGGUUCCAGAGGGGUCUGUUGAGGACAUGUUAGAGACAUACUUGAAGGAACAAGAAAUAGAAUUUCGCUGUGAUUGUGGAGGGACGACCUCAGAACUGAAGUCAUCUUUUGAUACACUGCCAAGAGUUCUCAUCUUGCACCUGAAGAGGUUUGGCUUUACACAAACCUAUGAGAUUCAGAAGGUGGAUGACCCCGUCAGGCUGCAGAGGGACUUGGUGGUGCCAUCCAAUCAGGGUGGUGGCUGUUACAGUCUUGUCAGCAUCAUCAGUCAUUAUGGAGGCACAGAAUCAGGACACUACAUCUGUAAUUCUGUCCAUCCCGAGGAGAGUCCAUACUCUACAUCGGAUAAUUGGCUCACCUAUAAUGACGCACAGGUGCUCCACACAACUGGAUCUGCAGCUUGUGAAGAACAGCAGAACUCGGCCUACAUCCUGUUUUACAAGAGAAACUUCUGAAGCAGGAUAUGGAAGGAAGUUAAGGUCCUCAUCAUGCUGAGAAGGAACAACAGUCGUCCCAGCCCACCAUCGCAGACUGCAGUAAGUAUUGGCCUUAGGAGGAAGGGUCCUCCCAGAGAGCCUGGUUCCUCCCAAGAUUUCUUCCUCCAGGAGGGAGUUUUUUCUUGCCACCGUCGCCCACAUUCACUGGUCUCAUUAGCAGAGACAUUUUUAACCUCCUAAGACCUGAACUCUAUCAUGGCAUGCAUUUUUAAUUUCUCUGUGCCAUUUGGGUUGAUUGGGACCUGAUGAAUGCUUCUCAAAACAUGAGAUCCACAUAUGAGGACAUUCAUUUUAAAUUUCGAUUGAACAGUGGCAGUGUAAUGUCCUCCUAAGUGGAUAUCAGGUCUUUGUAGAGCAAAAUGUUGUGGACAACCCAAAAUGUGAUGUCCACAUAUGUGGACACCAGGUCCUAGGAGGUUAAAGAAAUUCUACUAGUAGUGCACCACUACUAGAGACAGUCCUUUUCUGGACCAGUGUUUGGCUUGCUCUCUGGGAACAACAAACAAUUAAACAAAUAAAUUAAUAAUAAAAUCAGUGCUCUCAGUGUUAAUCUCGUUAAAAU